ACCAGGCAAGGAACGGCAGGAACGGGAGGAGCAAGUUGCCCUUCUUGGGUUGACUUUUUGUCUCGCACGGUCCACUCGCCCCUUGCUGCUCUCUCCUUUUGGAGUUCAGCUCCAGCCUUGGAAUCAAAGUCAGGUGCUUUGGCGUCAACAAUGGGGGCGAGUUUAAAUUGAUUUUGCCCCUCUUCGCGUUUGUCGCUGCAUGUCGCUUUAUUCCCAAUUUUUACCCUGGGGCGAUCUAAACUCAGGCUGUCAGGUCGACAUUCAUCCAUCUUGUUAUAGCUUCCCUCCCAAACUGUCACAGGCAAAGCUUCGAGAUAGCCAAUAUGUCCCGACAGACUCGGACGGUUGGGCGCCGUAUUAUGGGCCCACAAUCGGCCUUGACGGACUUUUUGGCUUCGCAUAACAUUUCGGCAAACCAAAUCAGACUUGAUGCUGAGGCUCGUCGUAGAGCGGCUGCCCAGGACAACCAAGAAGGUCAAGCUGAUGCUGCUCAACAACAACUCUUGAAUGAGAAUGGCGAUUUCGACACCCAGUCACCGGAAUCUGACGAGGACGAGCCCGUUGUGGCAUCUACCGGUCGAGUAACAAGAGGAAGAAGCGGAGCCCAGGCAACCUCUGAAGUCGAGCGGCGGAAAAAAGAGAAGGAAAAACACGCUAUUGAUAAGAUCAAGGCCAGCAAGAAGUUCCAGAAACGUAAGCGCGAUCCUGACGCUUCAGAUGACGACGACGACGACAUUGUCCGCGCGCUUUUCAACGAGCGUGCGAAGCCUCUACCGGGCCAGAUGGAGAACUGUGCCAUCUGCAACACACGGUUUACGGUAACACCGUACUCCCGCAAUGCCCCUGACGGAGGCUUGGUCUGUUCACCUUGUGGAAAGGAGCUUGCUAAGGAUGAUCCUGCUCCCAAGAAGAAGACCAAGCGUGCCAGCGGAGGACCAGUGGGUGCACGUCGCCAGACCCAGAGCAGGAUUUUGGAUGGAACAUACCAUGUCGGCGGCAAGAGCCUGAUGUCUUUGUGCAUUCAGACCUUGGCAAAGAACAUUGAUCUUGCCGAGGAUUUGGGUGACUUGCCACCCAAAAUUGUAGACAAGAUUGCUCGAAAGCUUUCCAAGCACCGUCUUCUCAACCCCACGACACUCAGCCUGUUCCUGAAACCAAGCAACCAGGGAGUGCUCGUAUAUGACGGCGCCAAGCUCAGUGCGGACGACUUCUAUCGCAUCUUCCAUUCGGUCCCGGAACUCAAGAAACUCAAAGUCCGCAACGCCAUCCACUUCAAGGACGAAGUGGUAGAGUAUCUCGUCGACCGUCAUAUCGUCCUUGAAGAUUUGUAUCUUCACGGGUGCAAUCUCAUCUCCGAAGGGAAAUGGAUCGAGUAUCUUCAAAAGAAGGGUCAGCCCCUGCGAUCACUUCGGGUAUACUGGACAGACAAGCAUUUUACGGAUGCUGUUCUUGCAGUUAUUCCCACUAGCUGUCCCAACCUCACCCGCCUCAAAGUCUGCCACAACCAAGCAGUCACCGGUGAAGGCCUGAACCACAUCGCCAAAAUUGCCACUCUCCGCCAUCUGUCCCUCGACUUGCGCGAGGCAAUCCACCCGGAUGUAUACGUCAAACUCUUGACCGCCAUCGGACCCCAGCUCGAAACACUGUGCUUGACCAGAGUCCCCGAGCUAGACAACACAGUCCUCGACGCCCUCCACAUGCACUGUCGCAAUCUGAAGAAGCUCCGCAUCACCGACAGUGAGCUCAUGACCGACGCCGGAUUUGGCCGCCUCUUCACCUCAACCUGGUCCAACCCCGGUCUAGUCUUCCUCGACCUCCAGAAAUGUCGCCAACUCGAAUCAACGAAACCUCGCGAGAACCCCGACGGUAUCGGCCUUUGCGAUGAAGGGUUCAAGGCCCUGAUGGCUCACUCGGGCAAGACGCUCCAGAAUCUGAAUGUUCAUGGUUGUCGUCACAUUUCCUGCAAGGCGUUUGAGGAGGUGUUCACGGCGGAUAAAACGUAUGAGAAUAUGCACAAGAUGGAGAUUUCGUUUUGCGAGGAGGUGACAGAUUUUGUGGUGGGGUGUAUCUUCCGGAGCUGUCCUAAUCUGAGAGAGCUGAAUGUGUUUGGGUGUAUGAAGGUGAAGGAUGUGAGGGUGCCGAAGGGGAAGAUUUUGGUUGGGGUGCCGAAUGCGAGGGGGAUGGUUAUCGAGGGUGAGGAUUGAGGCGGUUGGUUGGGCGUUUUUGCGGGUUUAUCAUGUGGAGGGCCAGGAUGUUGGAGUCCUGUCGUGCUUUUUGUUAAGCUUUAAGGAUUCCACAUCUGUGGCUCUAGAUACCGGGGCCUUUUCGUCAAGCUCGGGGUGUUUUGGUUUCGGUUCAUGUUGGGCGUUUUACAGCGAUGAUUUCGAUGAUAUUCUCGCUGGUGUUUUGUUAGUAUCCUCGAUUCGGCGGUUUCCUUCCUUCCUUCUGGGGGUACCAUGGUUAUGGGGUCAUCGCGUUUCGAGCUACGGUUGUUGUGUUAAAUCGGAAUGGAGCGCAGAUUGCUUUCUCACAAGAGCGAACAAAACAAGGAAAGAGGGGGAGAUGAAGUUGAUUUAAGCUUAUUGUACAUUCUUGUUCAUCACCUAACUAGUUGGUCAAGCUUAUCUUGUCCAAAGCCGACGAUAUCCUCCCCUUUCCACACUCCCUGCCUUGGCCGCCAGCCACGGGGACGUGGAGGAGGUAGAUCGACCGUUGAGUUGGGCCGCGAGGUACGUACCCGGCCGGGUUUAAAGAUAUGGGGACCAGGUCUAGCGCU